ACCCUCACUUUCCUCCCUCAUUUCUUCCCCUCCUCCCACUCUCCCAGCGCCGCCAGAGCAGCGGCAGCACCUAAAGUCGUGCUUGAGCAGCAACGUAACACCGUGGAGUGGUGUGGAGUCUGUGGACUGUAGAGCCGAGCAGCGACCUUCGGGAAACAGGCUGUGAGUGCGUCUCUGUGCCUUAAUAGACUGAUUCCACUUUGUUAUAGGGAAGAAUCAUGAGGAAGCUGAAGUUCCAUGAGAAGAAGCUUCUGAAGAAGGUGAAUUUUCUAGAAUGGAAGAGGGAAGGUGGACAUAGGGAGGCUUAUGUUAUGCAUCGUUACCAUGUAACUGGACGGGAUGACUACAAAAAAUAUUCGGGUUUAUGUAGAAUGGUGCCGAAGCUCGUGAACAUCUUGAAGCAGAUGGACCCACGAGAUCCUUUUCGGAUCGAGAUGACUGAAAUGCUCCUGGAAAAGCUCUAUAAUAUCGGCGUGAUUCCCUCCAGAAAGAGCUUGGCUUUGUGUGAUCGCUUGUCUGUGUCGUCCUUUUGCAGGCGCAGACUAUCAACUGUCCUGGUGAGGUUGAAAUUUGCAGAGCACUUGAAAGAAGCAGUAACAUAUAUUGAACAGGGGCAUAUUAGAGUGGGUCCAGAAACAGUUACUGACCCAGCAUUUCUUGUGACGAGGAACAUGGAAGACUUUGUUACAUGGGUAGAUUCAUCAAAGAUAAAGAGGAAGGUGUUAGAGUACAAUGAGAAGUUGGAUGAUUAUGAUGCAAUGAACUGAGCAUGCAUGUUCUUUCAUCUACUUGAGUGGUCCUGUUAUUGUUCCAGUUUCAAUAUCAUGUGGUAAGUUAAUGAGGGUAUUGGAAAUGAAUCACAUAGAGGUUGGAUUGUCCACCAUGCAAUGGAUAUGUUGAGAUCAUCUGGUU